AACCCACCAUAAGAACCCCCCCUCCGCAUCGCUCUCCUCCGUCGGAUCGGACGCCGCCGCCGCCGCCGCCACCACCAGUCCCCCGCAGCACCGGGAGCUCGCGCCGCUCUUUCGCCUGCUGGCGAGCCAAAGAGAAGCGUUUUCGGCUCCCUUGAGGCGAGAUCCGCGAGCUGCUGCGAAGAAGAUGGGAUUGAUCAGGAGCUGCUUCUCGUUCUUCGUGGGGACGGCCUUCGGCGUCUACGUGGCGCAGAACUACAACGUGCCCAACAUCAAGAAGCUCACGGGGACCGGCCUUCUCAUCGCCAAGCACAUCGAAGAGACUUAUCGGAAGCCCAAGAAGAGGGACGACGCCGACGAUUAGGAUCGAGAUGUCGUUCAAGAAUUGCCCGGUUUUCGUUUCCUUAUUCUUUCUUUUUGGUGUUCUUUAGUAUAGCGUUGAUUUUAUCGAUUCGAUAUAGUAUGCGAUUGUGGAUGAUGAUGGGUCCUGAAUCUCAAAGAGAUACGAGUGGUGUGAGAGAGAGUGGCAGAUCGAUCCUGUGUACAAGCUUCGCUUGAAAUUGAGUGGAUGUAUGCAAUGUUUCUGAGUUCGGUACGCCUUGGGAUUUCACUGGGUCCAGCCCAGUCUUGCCCUGCAAA